UUACUGUUUCCUUUUUAUUAAGUUCUAUAAACGCAUCAAGUACUUAAUAAGAGUGUUAAAAUUUGUUACAGAUAAUUUACAUUCUAAACGUUUGUUAAAAAUACCAAGGCCUGCAAAUGCUUUUAUGCUUUAUGCAAACGAAAAUCGUAAAAAAAUGGCCGAACAGUUUCCCCAGGAAUCAAAUAAAGACAUAAGUAAACGAUUGGGGAAGAGCUGGAAAUGUCUGGAUGAAUCAGAAAAAGUGAAAUAUUUCGCCAAAGCAAAAGAUAUUGGAGUAGAGCACAAGAAGAGAUACCCAACUCCUCAGUUGCAUAUUCUGAAGUACAAUCAAUGCAUAAUAAGCUAGGCAGGAUGAACUAUUCUGGUUUUAUAAAUGCGAUGUUAAUUUUAAAUAUUC